AUGGCGAAUCCGACCCGAAGACCCGUACUCCGAGCUCACUCUCCUUCCGGAAGAUUCUACACUUCGCCGUCGUCAAACUCGUUUGCUUCCUCCACCUCCGCCUUCUCGUCGAGCCCGUCGUCGUUCUUUCUGAACCGAUCUUCGUCACCUACACGUGUCAACGUAUUCGGAUCAUCUCCAUCGGCGUCGAAUAUACGAUUUUCUCUCGACAAUCGUCAAAUUUCUCCGAGUCGUUCGAUCUCUGUAAUUCCGAGGAGUAAUAAUAGUAAUCAGGCGUCGAAAAAGCAGUUGGAUAAACCGAGGAGGAUGUGUAUGUGUUCGCCUACUUCGCAUCCAGGUUCGUUUAGGUGCAGCUUGCAUAAGAACUCUAACAGCAAUCACACUCCGGUGUCGUAUCCUUCGAAUCGACUCAACGCGAGGAGGUCCGCAAUGACAAACUCGUUGGUACGGAUUGGCACUGUUGAAGGCGGUGAUUUGGUCAGGAGAGCUCUUGCGGCGUUGAUUCGACCGUCGUCUCAUCAGCAGCGACGGAGAACUUGUUUUCAACCGACGCUUAGUCGUUUAUCUUCCAUGACUAAAGUCUAA